GUCGAGGUAGAAGAGAACGUUGCUUGCAGUCACGUCGUUCAGAAUCUCCGUACCUUCGGGAGAAAACGGUCGAUCGUUCUAAGUUGUUGGAUAGUUGAAUUGCAGACUCAUCUCUCUGGGAAGUGAGUGCCACCAAACGUGGUAUUUUAUCCAGUUUAUUGUGAAAGCCGGUCGGUGUUUGUGCAAUUGUUUUCAAAAGUGAUGAACAUUGUUUCGCCGGUGGAAUUCGAUCCGAUCUAUUUGGACGCGUUUUGAGUAUCCGAAGGUUGAUCUGCUUAAGGAACCACCAUCGUAGCUCUUGAGGAAGAGCUCUCAUUUUUUGGGCACGCCGUAAAUACAAAGGCCGUCAAAAUUCCGCUCUACAGGGAUCACUCGUUGUACCUCUACAAGCUCGUCUACCGAGCGAGUAGAAAGCGGCGCACCAAGGGAAUGCAUACCAUCGCGCACAAUGCCAAAUUCUUCAUUGAGAACUACUCGCACGCGGACGACGAUGACGAGCUGUACCUGAAUUACGACUGGUCGUCCGAUUCGAUGUCGAUUAAGAGCAACAUGAGCACUAGCAGCCAGUAUCCCGAGUCGGAAGGAAGCGGGGAACGGCUGUCAUUGGCGUACGAGAAGUUGUCGAAAAUUCCGCGUAAAAUCGCGGAGAAGUUUUCCAAGACGACGACCAUUCUGGAUCUGAGUUACAACGAUAUCAAAGAUCUCUCAUUCCUGAGCCACUUCCGCCAACUCAACACCCUCAUCCUGGACAAGAACCCCCAACCGGACGAAAAAACCCUGCCGUCAUUGCCAAAUCUGUCGCUCCUGUGGCUGAACAAUUGCGAAAUUGACAACGUCCAGAAGUGGGUCUACCGAAUCCGAGACUGCUGCCCAUCGCUGCGGUACCUCUCGCUCAUGGGAAACCCCGGUGCCACGUCCUCCUUCAACGGCAAUUCCACCCUCGAGCACAACGACUACCGCAUGAUGGUGAUCAGUAUUCUGCCCCAGUUGUCCCAUCUGGACGACGCGGAGGUAACCUCCGCCCAGCGGGCCCAAGCUAAACAGUAUAAGCACACCUACAAUAUCGGGCAGACGCCGUUCAACAUUUUCGAAACCGUUGGCCGGGGCCAGCAGAUGAGCCGAAAGGCUGCACAGCGACGCCAGAGGAAGAAGGAACAGGAACUGCAGCAUGUCAAGGACAACGGAACGGACGACUCUUGACUUGAGGAUGGCGGUGAAGCGCGGGGAAGUUUUUGAAAUUGACCAAAGCGAAAUCGAAUGAUUAUUUUACUCGAAUAUUAGAUUUAAACUCAAGACUGUUUGAAAUAGUUGUAUAUGUGUAUAUAUUCGUUAAGUAUAAACGAGAUAAAGCCUCAAUGUUACGAUUUUCCAGUACAAAUAUAAAUGGAGCAGAAUAAGA